CAGCAGGGCUGCUGUAAUAAGGGGGAGACGAGGAUGAAGGCAGGCAGCCCCCAGCCCUGCCAGCCCCGGGGUCCCUGGGUCGAAGCUCAUCAUCCUUCCUUCCUUCCUUCCUUGCUGCUCCAGGGGAGGCGGAGGCGGAGGCGUUGCGGCCGGGGGCCUGCCUCCAAUGAGGGCCGGCCAAGUCCUCUUCCUCCUCGCCAGGGAGGGAGGCAGAGGAGCCAGACCCUGCAGCAGAGCCUCCUCCUCCUCGCCAUGCCUCCCUGGAGCCUGAUGCUGCUGCUGCUGCCGCCCGUCCUCUGCCUGCUGGCCGGCUGCUCCGCUUCUGGCCCCGGCGGGAGCCCCUCCGCCGCCGAGCAGCGCUGCUUCUGCCAGGUGACUGGUCAUCUGGACGAUUGUACCUGCGAUGUUGAAACUAUUGAUACCUACAACAAUUACAAGAUUUUCCCCAGGCUCCAGAAACUGCUGGAAAGCGAUUAUUUCAGAUAUUACAAGGUGAAUCUAAAGAGGCCUUGUCCUUUCUGGAGCGACAACAGCCAUUGUGGGAUCAGGGACUGUGCUGUGCAGCCAUGUCCAACUGAUGAGGUCCCUGGUGGAAUUAGAUCAGAGAGUUACAUGUACAGGAAUGAUGACUGUGAAAAAGCAGAGAGACUGGGAGCGUUGAUGAAUCAUUGAAAACGCGCAGGUGUGCUCCGAUGGACUCGGCACGAUGAUUCUGCAGACAGCUUUUGUGAAGCUGAUGAUAUUCAAUCUCCUGAGGCAGAGUAUGUAGAUUUGCUGAUCAAUCCAGAGCGGUACACUGGUUACAAAGGCCCUGAAGCUUGGAAGAUUUGGAACAGCAUUUACGAAGAGAACUGUUUCAAGCCUCAGUCCAUACAAAGGCCUUUCAAUCCACUGACGUCUAGCAAAGCAACAGGAGAAAAUGAAGGGAACAUGUUUUACAAUUGGCUGGAAGGCCUCUGUGUGGAGAAGAGGGCUUUCUACAAACUCAUAUCGGGUCUCCAUGCAAGCAUCAACACCCAUCUCAGCGCCAGAUAUCUUCUGAAAGACACCUGGGCAGAGAAGCAGUGGGGACACAAUGUGACUGAAUUCCAGCAGCGUUUUGACGAAGUCCUGACUCAAGGGGAAGGUCCCAGGAGGCUGAAGAACCUGUAUUUCAUCUACCUGAUUGAAUUACGGGCCCUUUCCAAAGUCCUGCCUUUUUUCGAGCGUCUGGACUUCCAAUUGUUCACGGGGGAUAAAACUCAAGAUGAAGAAACCAAGCAGCUCCUUCUGGAAAUUCUACACUUAACAAAAUCUUUCCCUUUGCACUUUGAUGAAAAUUCUCUUUUUGCUGGAAACCAAAGAGAAGCUGCCAAGUUAAAGGAAGAAUUUAGGCUCCAUUUUAGGAACAUUUCAAGGAUUAUGGACUGUGUUGGUUGUAUUAAAUGUCGCCUUUGGGGGAAACUACAGACUCAAGGCCUAGGAACAGCUUUGAAGAUCCUCUUUUCUGAACGCCUGAUAGAAAACAUGGCAGAAAAAGGCCCUUCACCCAAAUUCCAGCUAACAAGGCAAGAAAUCGUGUCCCUCUUCAAUGCUUUUGGAAGGAUUUCAACAAGCAUUAAAGAACUGGAAACGUUCAGGAACCUCUUGCGACCCUUGCAGUGAAAUGGCUUCUUAUAAAGACUGGCUCCUUUAUUCUACAAAGGCAGGACUCGGAGGGGUUUUCUGCUGGUGCGAGUGUCAAGCCUGUUUAGGGCAAGGGGGCAAAGUCAGCAUGGGCUCCAAAAAUCCCACCGCAGUCUCCGGCUUGCAAGUUUACAGUUGGUUCUCUGGCAGCUGAAAUCCUCAGGUGAAUCUGAUCUCCCAGGACAGAGAGAGGUGGACUUUAGGAUUGUGGUGGUUUCUCCGUUUCCUGGAAUCCCUGUGGUCCACCAUUGUGCUCUUACUUGAUGGAAUCUCUCUAACUGAAAUUAGCCCUUUCUUCAUUGUUCUUAAAUUCUCAGGAAGUCCUUGUUUUUUUUAAAAAAUCCAAUUGCUGGAUCUGGUCUAGAUCUACCUGAUCCAGUGAUAUCCCACUCAGGUUGGGUGGCCAACAAUCUCCUGCUCACCUCUGUUCUAUAGGAUUCAGGGGAUGCACCAUUUCCAGCCUCUUAGGGAUGCUGGCCUUGUGACUAGUUUGUUGUAAUGUGCAUUGUUUGCCCUGAAGUAACUACAAAGAAAUAAGACAAGCAACAGGGAAUAUCAGGGAACCUAAGCAAAGGAUAAUCCUAAAGAGCAGAGAGUUCAAGGAGACGUGAAUGGAGCUUUGGGAAGCUACAUUUUUGGACUACAGCUCCCAGAACCUUAGCUGGCUGGGAAUUGUUGUCCAAAAAAAAGCAGCUUCCCAAUUCUGCACAGUGAAUUUGCAGAUUAUUAUGAAUGUCUCGAGAGGAGAUGGAUCAUUAUGAAUGUCUUACAGAGCAGGCUAACAAACCCUUCUUUUCAUUCCCAGCAUCAGAAGACAAGCUUUUGUCUGUCUUGUAAACUAAUUUCAGCUGAUUCUCAUAGCUUUUGGUCCUUCUCUAGCCCUUUUUAUCCUCCCAAAUCCACAUGUCACAGGCCUCUUUGUAGUCAGGGAACAAUGGGUUCCUUAAGAAGUCUCCCAUGUUUUUGCAUCAGGAAUAUUUUGGUGAGGUGGAGGUAAAACAUGCACAUUUGGUCCAAACUGAAGAAGAAAAAAAUGUUUUACCUUGGUUGAAGUCUCAGUCCACUAUGGUUCCCCUGUUGCAGCUACAAUGCGGUAUCUCACAAUACAGAGAACAUGCAGGGGUAGCUGUGUUGGU